UUCAGUAUAAACAUGUCAGCUCUCAGUACCCACACAUGUAUUUUAAAAACAUUUAUUCGUCUACAGUCACAUAAAACAUAUUCACGCACGUUUUGUGCAAAAUUUAAUGGAGAAAAUGUUGUUUUAAAAUGGACAAAACGAAACUCGUAUCCUGUCAUAACAAAUAUACCAUGUGUUUGUUAUUCCAAACAGACGAGUUCUGUGACUGAUGAAUUUUUGGGUAAAGCUGCGCCUUUCGAUGCCACUACAGAGGCAGAAGAAACUAAUAAAAAGAGCGAUGAGGAUAAAAAGGAAAAGGAAUCAAAAUGGAAAGGACAGAAAAAUGCUUGGAAAAUAGGAUUAAUAUCUCUUGGAGCAACAGCCUUACUUAUCGGUGGCCCCUUUGUUUAUUUGAGGGGAGCACCUAUGGUGGAUCCAGGAGGGCAAGAGAUUGAAGAUGAGUUUUCUCAAUUACCAUUAGCUAUAGCUUAUUUGAAGAGAUCUUGGCUUGAAUUGAAUAAAGAAAAACAGGCAAUAAUUGAACCUUCGAGAGAAAAACUUCUACCUGAUCCUGUAGAGUACCCUUAUUAUCAACCACCAUAUACUGUCGUCAUGGAGAUGAAUGAUGUAUUAGUUCACCCUGAUUGGACUUAUAACACUGGAUGGAGAUUUAAGAAGAGACCUCAUAUAGAAUAUUUUCUACAAAGUAUAGCUGCACCUUUGUAUGAAGUUGUAGUAUAUACACAGGAUUCUGGAGCAAAUGCAGAUCCUAUUCUAUUCAAUUUAGACCAGAAGGGAUAUAUAAAUUACAGAUUAUAUCGUGAUGCAACAAGAUACACCAAUGGACAUCAUGUUAAGGAUCUUAGUUGUCUGAACAGGGAUUUAUCUAAAGUGAUCUUUAUAGACUGGAAUGAAAAGUCCUUUUCUCUGCAGCCAAGGAAUGCUCUCAAAGUAAACAGGUGGACAGGGGACGAUGAUGACAGGUCAUUGAUAGACCUAGCAAACUUCUUACAAGCAAUUGCUGCAACUAAAGUAGAUGAUGUUAGAGAAGUCUUAGACUAUUAUAAAAACUUUGAUGAUCCUCUUGAAGCAUUUAAAGAUAACCAAAGAAAAUUACAAGAAGAACAAGAAAGGCAGUCAAAGAUAAUGCAGGAAAGAGAAAAGAAAAAGCCAACUAAUUUUGGACUAAAUUUUCUUGGCAGAAGAUAAUAAACUUUGUAAAUAGUUAGCUUCAUUGAAUCAAUUGUACUUGAUGUCAUGUGUGACUUACAAUAAGUUGAAAAAUGACUGUUUCUUAGAAAAGUAUGUUGUGAUAUUAUUUGAAAUUCACUUGUGUAUUUUUGUUUUAUGAUUCAGAAUUCCUUGUCUUUUCUCUUUAUGAAUGAGCUGGCUACAUCCAAAUUCAAUAGUAUUUGUUAACUAGCUGACAUUGAAACUGUAAUACAGGUCUGAUAAAAUCUGUAUAUGUGUUGUGGCUGUGUCAUACUUGUUUAUGUGAUAAGUCAAACAAAGAUGAUGCCAAUGAUUUUUUAUAUAAGAAGGCUACACAGAUAUGAAGCUAAGCUAAUGACAUCAAAUUGUAUAUGUUCCGGACCAUACAAGUAUUUGGACCAUACGCGUAUGGUCAUGACCAUAUGGGUAUAUACUCAUAUGGUCCGACCGUACGUGUAUGGUCGGGGUAAUUAACACUCUGUUACAGUUUACUUUUAAUACCUUUAAACUCGUCAUAUACUAUGACCGUCCAUUAAAAAGACGCUAUCAUAUAGGUAGUUUUAUUAAUCUAUAUUAUAAUAAAAAGAUUAGCUAAUUUUAUAAAUACAAAUUAAAAGUUUAACAUAGUUAAUUUUACUUACUUGUCAAAACAAUAAUAAACACAUUUUGUACCGAUGGUCAUAACCAAUGUGUUAUUACGAGUGAAUGGCGACUGAAAAAAAUAAAUUGCAAAAAUUUCUUAAUGAACUGUUACACAAGAAGUCUCUGGAAAGUAAAAUAGUUUAUAUAGUUGUCUUGUUAAUAAAUUGAAAAUACCGUAGAAAUAUGAAAAGGAUCGUGCACAACCAAGACUUGCAAACGCAAAUAUAUAUGAUACCAUAUGAAAGUAAAUAUCACCCCAAGCCAACAUGCAAGAAUGUAAUUAGCGAUUAAAACUGUAGCAUCAAUAUUUGAUUUUUACAAAUUAUUUGAAUUAUAAAAAUAAUACAUUGUCAUCAUUUUUUUUAGAUAAAAGUUUUUCUACUAUUAAAACUUUUAUAAUGUAAUUUAAAAAAAUACCUAUAUAGUCCAAAUACUUAUAUGGUCCGGCCCGUUAAUAACCAUACGAGUAUUAUACUCAUAUGGUCGGACCAUACGCGUACGGUUGUAGCAUAUGAGUAUGCAUAUAUGGUCAUGACCAUAUGCGUAUGGUCCAAAUACUCAUAUGGUCCGGAACAUAUACAUAAGGACUGGAAUCCAAAUUAGUAGGUUUGAUAAUGAUAUAAACAUAGACUACACAUAAUAUUGAUAACAUCAACAUAGAGUAUGGAAUGUCUAAUCCGCAAUUUGACCUAUCCUCCCCAUCACCCUAAAGUCAGGGAAUUAAGAAAUGAAAUUAAAAGUCAUAUUUUAGUGAUUACAAAUUACAUUCACAGAAAAUGGCAGUACAACUUUCUAUGGACAAAUAAAAGAUAAGUUCAGUUUCAACUUUAUUUUGUUUCUAUGAAUAGAAUUUUUCUCCUUGAAAAUGCAUGAAACAUUCUUUUGAAUAUUCAUUGUCUCCCCUUAUCUAACCUUUCUAAACCAUAUAUAAAUAUCAGACUAAUAUUAAGAUUUUAUAUAAUCAGGAUCGAUAUUUGAUAAUCUAUAUACAUUAAUACAACUGCUUUACUGAAACCUAUAUCUUUGCAUGAAUAAUGUCUCUCUUCAAUGAAGAGAAGCAGAUUGUGUUAGAAUCUUAUGUGACUGGGUUGCUGUCUCAUUAACCUGUUGAGAUGGAAUUUUUUUGUUGGUUGUCAUUUCUUGAUUUCAAUGUCUGAACUUUUCAUGUGAUAUUUAAAUUCACUGAUCAACAAUAAGUUUUCAAUCAAUAUUACAACUUCCAAACAUGUCCUCCUACACUCUUUAUAGCAGUCAAGCUUUUCUUGAAGGUACAUUAGAUAUAACAACAUCAUCAAAAAAUCGUACAGGAAGACCGGAGUCGUGUGCAAAAUGCAUGUUUCCUGAUCUUGCAUAUUAUAUUUACUGUAGGUGUACAAUUCCUACAGAUAAGGAUUGUUAAUAGGAAUCAAAUAAUCCUAUCAUAUAAUCUGUGUCAAUGCAAUCCAAUAAUGACUUAUUAAAUCUGCCCACCUAAAUCAGCACUUUUUAAUACAUUGUUCAUGUACCUGUGGUUUUAUAAGUUUUGAAAAAAUCACAAAAUUCAUUACUUGAAAAAAAUAUUAGACAUUUUAUAAUGGAAUUAUGAAUGAUUAAUAGAAAAAUGACACAAUCAGUUAGUAUUCUAAGAUAUAUACAUGUAACACUUAUUGAAACUAGAUAAAUAUUUUAUGAGUUAUCUACAUAGAAAUGUGCAAAUUUUCAACUAAAUAAUGUAAAAUUGAUUUUAUGUGGGAUGAAACUGCUUUCUGAACCCUACACCAUUUCUGCAGAAGUUUUAUUUCAGAUUCUUAGUGUUAACAGAACUUCUCAGUGAAAUAUUGUUUGUGCAUAUAUAAGAAUUACAGUACAAACUAAAUCUUAAUUAUAUAUGCUCACCACCAUGGCUAUAUCACAAUGAGACUUGUAUAAAAAUGUUCAGAUUUUAGAUGAGCAUGAAUAAGAGGGGAUUACCUGCUAAUGGUCUUUGUUAUUUAUGAAUAUUGUAAAGUAAUGUUUUGUAUACAUGUAUAUAAUUAAUAUCUGAGCCUAAAACAAAUAAAUGACUUUAUAGAA